AUGCUAGACGACAUUGAGAGUGGUUCUCAGGAGACCCUGCUUUCCACGGAUGGCGCCGACAUCGACGAUACACUGGCUCGCUACGGCGAUAUGGGCCCCGCCAUUGCGCACCCGGGUAGUGAUCUCAAUGAACGGGGCCCUCGAAUGCUCGUCGACGCCAGUCCGGCGACUAGCUUCGCGGACAUGGGACUCGCCACUGCAGCCACCUUCACUCUGAACUAUCUACAGACCAUGGCCCUUCAACUUUAUACUGGCGGGCCGGGUGGCACGGGAAAGUCGAGGAUCAUCGAUGCCCUGAAGGACAUGUUCGCGGCGAGAAACCAGCCACAUCUUCUGCAGAUAACCGGCACAUCGGGCAGUUCGGCGGCCCAGAUUGGUGGCACGACCAUCCACUCGGCCUGUGGGUUGGAUUCCCAUCGAGAUCCAAACAAACCGCCUCCCCCUUUCUCGGAGGCGAAGAAAUGGAUAUGGAAACAGAAGCUGGUACUCGUGAUUGACGAGGUCAGUAUGCUGGGAGGGGCCACUCUGCACAACGUCAGCCGUCACCUACAGGCGCUCCGUGACUGUCCGGACGAGCCGUUUGGCGGGAUGCCCGGCGUUCUACUGAUGGGAGACUUCUACCAGUUCGCCCCCGUGCGGGAAACAAGCCUCCUGAUCAUCAGACCGCCGGACCGAACGGAGACCCACCUGCGACAAGCGACCAUCUCUCACCACAGCGGCUGCAGAUUGUGGCAUCUGUUCAAAACCGUGGUGCUCCUCGAAGACCAAGUCCGCGCACGCAACGAUCCCCAGCUCCGCGCACUCCUGGAUCGAGUUCGUAACGGGCGCCAGACACAGCAAGACCUCGAAUUGCUCAACGCCAACAUCGUAGGACGCUCCCAAAUCACCUUCCACGAUGGUUUGCGUGCUAUAACGCCACUGAACCGCACCCGGUGGGCUCUCAACAUGGAAGCUGUCGUGGGCUGGGCGCGCUUCAACAAGCGGCAUAUCCGUAUCUUUGUCUCGACUCACACCUGGCGCAACGGCACGCUUUCUCCAAACAUCAAGCAAAUGGUCUACCCGGCCAAGACGUUAUCAACGAGGCCGAGUCAAAAAACAUCCGAGGACGAGUCCUAG